AUGAAUCGGCACGCCUACGCAGGGGGCGGCCUGUCGCCCAUCGACAGCCCGGGAAGCCCCAAGAACUUCUUUUCCGCUACCGGUGGACGGCGCGUUGCGACCAUGGGCGAGAGCGGGAGAGGGUUCCAUAUUGGCGUGGACAAGUACAGUGAUGAGAAGUACCAGCCGAAAUCGGCGCGGUCGAGACUGCAACGGAGGAGGAACUCGCUGUUGAGAUUGGGAGGGUUGGUGACGGGGGUGUUGUGUGUGCUGAUGCUGAUCUUUCCUUCGCUGAGGCCUGCGGCUGCGCUUUCGGCGCUUUCGGUUUUUAGUAUGGGUGGCGGAGAGGAGUUCAAUAUCGAGACGGUGCGGUAUUACGAUCUGGCCAAUGUGGGAGGGACGAGCAGGGGUUGGGAAAGAGAGGAGAGGAUACUGCUCUGCGCGCCAUUACGAGACGCAGCACCGCAUCUGCCGAUGUUCUUCUCUCAUCUGAAGAACCUCACAUACCCGCACAACCUCAUCGAUCUCGCGUUCCUUGUCGGCGACAGCAAAGACGACACUGCGGCAUUACUUUCAGACUUGCUCGCGGAACUGCAGGCGGCGGAGAACUUCCGAGACACAUUCGGCGAGAUCUCAGUGCUGGAGAAAGACUUCGGGCAGGUCGUGAACCAGGAUGUGGAGAGCAGACACGGUUUCGCGGCACAAGCAGGUCGCAGGAAGAGCAUGGCACAGGCGAGGAAUUGGCUGCUAAGCGCAGCGUUACGGCCAACGCAUAGCUGGGUGUACUGGAGAGAUGUGGAUGUGGAGACGGCGCCAUUCACGAUUUUGGAGGAUUUGAUGAGGCAUAACAAGGAUGUCAUUGUGCCGAACGUCUGGCGGCCACUUCCUGAAUGGCUCGGGGGCGAGCAACCCUACGAUCUCAACAGCUGGCAGGAAUCUGAGACCGCUCUGGCGCUUGCAGAUACCCUCGAUGAGGAUGCAGUGAUUGUCGAGGGCUACGCCGAGUACGCGACCUGGCGACCUCAUUUGGCCUAUCUGCGUGAUCCAUACGGCGACCCCGACAUGGAGAUGGAAAUCGAUGGAGUUGGCGGCGUGAGUAUCCUGGCCAAGGCAAAGGUGUUCAGGAGUGGCGUUCACUUCCCAGCAUUCAGCUUCGAGAAGCAUGCUGAGACGGAAGGCUUCGGCAAGAUGGCAAAACGCAUGUCUUUCUCCGUCGUUGGCCUGCCUCACUACACCAUCUGGCAUUUGUACGAGCCUUCGUACGAGGAUAUUCGGCAUAUGGAGGAGCUCGAGCAAGAGCGCGCAGCUCAAGAAGAAGCGGAACGACAGCGAAGAGAACGCGCCGACCGCAUUCAGCAGGACUUCGACACAGGCGCCAUGAACCAGUUUGAGAAGGACAAGGCGGCUAUGCGCGACGCGGUCAAGAAGAUGAAGGAGGUCCGAGGACGAAGUCACCCCGAAGAAGGCUGGGAGAACGACGAGAAGUUCAAGCAGCAGCGGGAGGAGACGAAGCGGAAAGCGGAGGAAGAUGAAGCAAAGCAGAAGGCCGCGCAGGAGCAGGAGGCUCAGAAGCAGAAGGUUGCACAAGCGGCGGCGGCGGAAGAGGACGCAAAGCAGCCUGGCGCAGCGCCUAGAGUGAAGGCGGAGAAGGAGGGAGCGCUGGAGCCGCCUGGUCCGCCGGAGAAGGGUAGUGAGAUUAAAAUGCAGCGCGAAGCAGACGGCAAAGUCCGCAUCGAAGACCCCCUCGGCGAGAUCAAACAACUCGGCGGCGACGCCGAUGCGGCUGGCGAUGUCCGCGCGCAAGAGGCGAAGAUGCAGGACGCGGCUAACGAUCAGCCGGCGGCGGUGCCGCAGGGCCAGGCUGGAGGUGGCGCUGGGCGGAGCUGA